AUGUUGCGCACUCACCUGCUUUUGUUUUGUCUAUUCAUAUGUUGCCAUAUAGACUACGACCGGGAUGAGAUCAAUACGACGAUCGAGAAUGUCAUUCAUAUGAUGACCUUGGUGGCAUGUUAUUUGGGGAUCAAGCUACCAUUUGACACAUUCACACGACAAUCUCGGUACUAUAUUCAAGCAGCAUUUACAGCAGGGUCCAAACGGGCUCCACUUUUUUUGUCCGAAAACAACAUCGUACCGUUUGCAGCAGGACUGGGACAUCUCAAUUAUAACAUCGCUUACCUCUGCCACUCGCAAGGUGUCCAUAUCACUCUGGCCAACGCCACCAAUACGCUGGAAAAUUUGCUCGCUUGUUGUGAGGCACCCAAUCUCGGA